GAUCCGUGUCGCACUAUAUAUUCAGCUGUUCAAGUUGUUAUAUGUAAAUUAUUUUAUUUAUUGGUAAAGCGCGUGCGCGAGUUAUUACGUAGUGUCGUACUUUGCAGUGUUCUAAAUAUAUAAAUAGUUUUAUUUCUCGAAAAACAUUAUUUUUUCUGAAUAAAUUUAUUAUAUUUUUUAAUUGUGACCUUAGUCUUAAGUUCAAGUGUAAUUAGUUUUUUCGAAAAAAAUACUGCAGAAUGGCUGAAGAGAAAGUCAAUGGAUAUUACAAAGAAGAUUUACCUCUUGGCGUUAAAGUGGAAGAAAUAGAAAUUCCUGUACCAUGGGGCCACGUCGCAGGCCGAUGGUGGGGGCCCAGAAAUAAGCAACCGAUGAUCGCAAUUCACGGUUGGCAGGACAACGCCGGCACUUGGGACAACCUGAUACCUCUCCUCCCUAUUGGGACUUCCGUGCUCUGUAUCGAUUUACCUGGCCACGGAUUGUCGACUCACUACCCAACGGGUAUGCUGUAUUACAUAUUCUGGGAUGGAAUUGUUCUUAUACGAAGAAUAGUGAAAUACUUUAAUUGGAGUAAGAUUACACUAAUGGGACAUUCGCUAGGGGGCGCUUUGAGUUUUAUGUACGCUGCGUCUUUUCCUGACGAAGUCGAUAGGAUUAUCUGCAUCGAUAUAGCGAGUCCAGCGGUACGGGUACCGGAGAAUAUGGUUAAUAAUACAAGUCGAAUGAUUGAUAAGAAUCUUGAAUACGAUAAUGUGCCCGAGGACAAACUACCGUGCUACGCAUACGAAGAGAUGAUAGAUAUUGUCUGCGACGCGUACAAGGGAUCAGUCUCGAGGGAGAAUUGCAAAGUUUUAAUGAAACGAGGCAUGGCUCCUGUUCCAGCUCAUAUGAAGAAGAAAGGUUAUUACUUUAAAAGGGAUCCGAAGCUAAAAGUAGCCGGAUUAGCGAUGAUGUCUAUCGAGACAGCCCUAGAAUAUGCGAGUAAAGUUACGUGCAAAGUCUUAAACAUAAGGGCUAUACCAGGUCAGAAGUGGGAGAGGCUCGACUAUUACCUGAAUGUGGUUGAGAAACUAAAGCAAAACGCAGAUGUUAGUUAUAUCGAAGUAGAAGGAACACAUCAUGUUCAUUUAAAUGCACCACAAAAUAUAGUUAAUAUUAUUGAAGAAUUCUUAGAACUGUAUUAGUUUAAUUUUUAAUAUUAAUUAAUGCAGGUGAUAAUCAAUGUGAUGAAAUAAAUUAAGAAAAAAUGCACAAAUAUAUGUUUACGUUAAACGAUAUUGCCUUCGAGGUUUUAUGGAAGCUUUUUAAAAGCUUAUAAUAGUUGUAAUACUUUUUAAAAGCUUGUAAUUUAUUGACGGGUAAAAUAGUACGGUAUUUGUUUCCAAGCUAGCAGCUAGAUUAAUAAUAUAAACGCUACACGAACCAUGUGUAUUUAUUUUUAUCUAAACGAAAUCGUAUAUUCAUUCGAGUUUGGAAAACAACUAGAUAGUCAUAUAACUUUAAGUUAAUUUAUUCCAUUAAAAUAGUUUUUAUUGCCUUAACCUUAUUAUAAAUAUUACAAAAGAAAAAUGGAAAGAAACAAUUCUUUAUUUAAAUUUGAAUUAUAGUGAUGACGUAAUUAUACCUACAUUAUUCAAAUAACUAAGGUAACCUAAGGUCAGCUCCGUUAUUUAAACGUAUUGUUUCAGUACGUCUACUCUAAAACUCAGAUAUUUGAACAAAAUAGUCACAAUUAUAUUAAAUUAUUUUAUUAUUUAGUCGGUAUAUGUAAUUAAGUAAACGCGUAUUCAUUGAUAUUUCUUCGUAUAUUAUAUAACACCGGAAAUAAAUCACGUACACGUGUAUGUAUCGUUGUUGUUUAACGGUGCAAAAUACAUAUCGAAAUAUAUGAAUAUGAAAGCAUAUGCAAAAUGUAAAUUAAAGUAAUAUCGGAGUUAACUAGCAACUAGGUGUUUGUAUUUCGAUGAGGAGAGCGUUAUUGAAGUUUUAAGAAUUUUUCCACGAAAUGAAUAAAUAUAAGCAAUUUAUGCACUGUAGCUUACACGGAUUGUGUUAAUGCACGCUUGUUUCAAAGUUAACCUUUUGACAUUUCUACCCAAACAACAGUUUGUAACAGCGGUGUUUUUUUUUUAAUUAUAAGUCAAAGGUGAAAUUUUCUAUUCCUUUCGUCUACUUAAUGGCUUCUUUUAAUAUCGUAUGCGGUUUUUGUUUAUCUUUUGAGGUAAUAGGGUUAACAUCACAUGUUUGUGAUUUGUAUAUUUAUUUUGAUUUGUGUCAAAGUAUUUAUAAAACAUGUAGAAUCUUUCACAAGUUUGUAACACUCUCGAGUGUCAUUUAGUCAAGCGAUUGUAAUUCUAAACAAACAUUAUUAUUUAAAUAUUCAUUUGUUGAACAAAAAUGACGAAUAAAUAUAUAUAUUUGUGACACAUGAAGCUAAUUUCUAUUAUUGUAUAUUUUUUAUAAUAUUUUAUUGUUUUUGUCUUGUUAAUUCAAUUAAUGUUAAACAUUUAACAAGACAUUACAAAAAUGAAUAAUAUGAAUAUUUAAUUUUGUACAUGGCAACAUACAGCGAUUAUUUGUGGCGAGUUUUACAGUUGACUGAUUAGAAGCGGAAAAAAUUAAUUAGCAAUAACACACCUUAUUCAUAUAAAUAAAAGUGAAUACAAAUGAACAAAAUAUAUUUUUUUUAAUUUUAUGUAAUGCCUUAUAUAUUUAUGUAAUAGAAUAUUGUAUCAUAUACGACGACUACGAGUGCAACAUGAAAUAGUAGAAGAAAUACGUAAUUAAAUUCUAAAGAAUUAUUGUUAUCACAUUGCAACGCAUUUUGAACAAAUAAUCUUAAAAAUAAAAUGGCGCUGUGCGUGAAUGCCGUUAGAUCUCUAAUUAAUCAUUCGUAUGCUUAUUAUUAUAUUUUAUUUACAGUGUAUGGUUCUAUGUUCCAAGUAAAUUUUCCGGUAAAUAAGAAAUUAUUUAUUAAAUAUUGUAAGCAAUU